UCCAACACGCACACACACACACACGGCCCCUAGACUUCAUUCAGCUUUGCCUCAAUCAGUCUGCAGAGAGUCUCAGGAGAGCACAGGGGGAUGUGUCAAGUUAGUGCUUUCUGAAAGUUUGAACUGAACUGCACACACACGCGGUCAAGCAAAUACCACGGAGAACACACACACGCAGGGACACUCGUCAUGCACAUACACAGUCUGACCCUAACACACACACAGAUGGAUGGACAGAGCUGAAAGUUUAAGCUUGCAUACAUAUACCCACACCCAGAAACACACACCAGUGCUGAAUUACGGUCAGGAUGAGUGGCGUGUCUGAGACUGCUGUGGUCAGUAGACCCUCGACUACCGUGAAGCGACACAAGAGUGUCAGGAAGAACUCCAGGCGGAUUUACUCAUCUUAUCAAGACAACCAGCCAGGCCAAUCAGAUGAGGAGGGCAAGGAGGAUGAGCAUGCGGACAGCAACGACCCAGAGCAGAUGUUCCAGAACAUCCAGUUUCAGAAGGAGAUCAUCGCCAACAUACGCACCCGAGCCUGGCCUAUGAGACGCAAGCUCAAAGCCCUCAAGCAGGCCAGAGAGAUUGUCCUGAAGUACGAGGGGAGGCUAACAAGGACCAGAGGGUACCAGGCUGCUGGGGCUGAUCUGCUGAAGAAGGUCUCCAGGUUGCUGUACAACAUCGUGGUUCUGUUUAUUCCCUGGGAGAUGAGGAUCAAGAAAAUAGAAAGUCACUUUGGGUCAGGGGUGGCCUCCUACUUCAUCUUCCUCAGAUGGCUGUUUGGUAUCAACAUAGUCCUUACUGUCAUGACUGGAGCAUUCAUAGUCAUACCUGAGCUCCUGGCCGGAGAGCCGUUCGGAACAACCCGGAGUAAGACCAUUCCCAAGGAGCACCUGGCCUCAGCCCAAGAUCUGGACACCAUCUGGUCUCUUGGGGGAUACCUCCAGUACUCGGUGUUGUUCUAUGGGUACUAUGGCCCGGUGAGGAAGCUCGGCAGUGCCGGCUAUCGCCUCCCCCUGGCCUAUUUUCUGGUUGGGAUGGCUGUUUUUGCCUACAGUUUCAUCAUUCUGUUAAGAAAGAUGGCUAAGAACUCCCGUCUGAGCCUAGCCAGUGCCUCUGAUGAGAACUUCACCUUCUGCUGGAGAGUGUUCUGUGCCUGGGACUACCUCAUAGGGAACCCUGAGGCUGCAGAGAGCAAGGGAGCCGCUAUCGUCAACAACAUCAGGGAGGCCAUUGUUGAGGAGCAGGAGAAAAAGAAGGACACUAGUCUAGCAGUCCUGAUCAGUCUGCGUAUCCUAGCCAACAUCCUGGUCCUUCUCUCUCUGGCUGGCAGCAUUUAUAUAAUCUACUUUGUGGUGGACCGCUCCCAGAAACUAGAGCUGGAGAAGCCAGAGCUAACACUAUGGGAAAAGAAUGAGGUGAGUGUGGUGGUGUCCCUCAUCACCAUGAUUGCCCCGUCUGCCUUUGAGCUGGUGGCUCAGCUGGAGAUGUACCAUCCCAGGACCUCCCUCCGCUUCCAGCUGGCCAGAGUCCUGGUGUUGUAUCUGGGUAACCUGUACAGCCUCAUCAUUGCCCUUCUGGACAAGGUCAACAGUAUGAGUAUGGCGUCAGCUGCUGCAGCUGCGGCGGCCUCUGUGGUUUCGGGGAACUUGUCUGACUCCACGGCAUUCAUGGCGACCAUCUCCCAGCCGGGGGAGACGAGCCUCUCCACCCUCGUAUCCGACAUCUCCAUCUCUGAAAACCACAACAGCACCAUAGCGACCAUUGCCAUGGUGCUGGAUGUCAACACCAGCAUCAGCACCAGCAAGGUCACCAUGGCAACCAUGUACAACCACACUGGGAUGUUUCAGCAGAACAAGCAGAAGAAACCGGACGAGUGCUGGGAGACCUACGUUGGACAGGAGAUGUUGAAGCUGUCUAUCAUCGAUAUGAUCUUCACGGUGGCCAGUAUCCUGUUGAUAGACUUCAUCAGAGGGCUGGUGGUCAGGUACCUGAGUGACUGCUGCUGCUGGGACCUGGAGAGCAAGUUUCCUGAAUAUGGGGAAUUCAAGAUAGCUGAGAAUGUACUCCACCUGAUAUAUAACCAAGGAAUGAUCUGGAUGGGUUCGUUCUUCUCUCCCUGUCUGCCUGCCUUUAACGUGUUGAAGCUGAUAGGCUUGAUGUACCUGAGGAGUUGGGCUGUGCUCACCUGUAACGUCCCUCACCAACAGGUGUUCAGAGCAUCCAGAUCAAAUAAUUUCUACCUGGCUAUGCUGUUGUUCAUGCUUUUUCUGUGUAUGCUGCCCACCAUCUUCGCCAUAGUGAGAUACAGACCUUCCCAACACUGCGGGCCAUUUAGCGGUCAGGAGAAGAUUUAUGACAUCAUCUCAGAGACGAUAGCCAAUGACUUCCCGCUGUGGUUCAGUAAAGUGAUGAGUUACGUCACCAGCCCUGUCGUAGCGUUGCCCGCUCUGCUGCUGCUGUUCAUGUUGAUCUACUACCUUCAGGCCAUUGCCAGAUCCCUUAAAUUCACCAACAACCAGCUGAGGAUGCAGCUUCAGACUGAGAGAACAGAAGACAAGAAGAAGGUAUUACAGCUGGCUUCAGCGAGGCUACAGGCCCCAGAGGUCCCCGGGGGGGACAGGAAGCCUGACCAGCAGGAUGGUGACAUCACCAGCCGCGAGUCAUCCAUUCGCACGCCGUCGCCACGACCCAACGGCAGUGUCACAAACUUCCAGUCGCCCGAUCGUCGUGGCAACGGCAUCCGCACCAUCACCCAGUCGGCAUCGAGAGUCGAGACCGCUAGGGCGACAUUUGCUGCUGGGGCGCCUAGAAGUCCAACAGUGUCCAUACUUCACAAGCAAAGGCCGGAGAUAAUCCCUAACAGACACCCUUCCUACCUGGGGGGCCCUAGCGGUACCUGCAGGUCCAAGUCCUACCAUCAUGUGGCGUACAACCCCCCGACACGCUACUCCUCAGAGAACAUCCACUCCGACCCACUCUACAGGAAGACCAUCAGGCCCAUGCACUCCGCAGAGGCAGCUGGGAUAGUGACCGCCCAGAGCUACGUGGGCCGUCGCCCCUACACCACGCGCUACGUCAUCGUCAACGAGCACGAAGCUAGGAAAAAGUUGCUUCGAUCAGCCACACGCGUCCCUCGCCACUUCCGAGCGGAGGACCCUGGGGGUGAAAUCGUAGAGCUGAUCCCGCGGAAUACCAAGCGGUAUACUCCAAGGGCUCCGCAUCUGCAUGGGCACCCACACAGGUCGAAUCCGCCGCAGUCACACCUGAGUGAUGAAGAGGAGGAGGAAGAGACAGGGGGGAAGAGGGAGUCUAGGAGGGGGUCGUUCGGGCAGAAUCACCGGCCCCGCUCACUCUCCGACCUCCAACAGCCAGCUCGCUUCUACAUCGGAGAGCGCCUGGAGACCAAGCUGUCUAUGGCGUCAAAAGACAGCCACAUUGCUAGGGGGCGCUACGGCGGUGAAGCCCAAAAAGGGGACUGGGAGGAUAUGGAGACGCGCUUGCACUCCCUCUCCCAGACCAGCAUCAGAGGAGCGGAGCUUCCACCACCAGUCAGGCACACACAGUCCCCAGCCAGACACCCCCACUCCCCCAGCAGACUUGUACACUCACCCCCCCAGGGCCCUGGAAGACGCCUGGAGCCCCAGGUCAAGCCCAAGACAUCCAGGUCCAAGCUGGAGCCUUCCCUGACUGAGUCAGACUCGGCCUCUCUGGCCUCCAGUAGCGACCAGCAGAACAGCAGCACAGACCAGUACAUCCAGGUCAUUCACAACAAGGAGAAGUAUCUCAAGUCUGAGGCAAGGCAAGGCAAACUGGCUAAGAAGAAGUCCAAAGCCAGUAUAGAUCUCAACGUGUCUGGGUCCAAAGACCUGGUCUGCUCCAACGUGUAGUUGGUGAAUUAGUAUUGUGAAUAUAUCUAGGUUUAUUUAACCUUUAUUAAUCCAUGUAAGUUAUUGACAGUAGUGUAAAGUACUUAAGUAAAAAAAUACUUUAAUGUACUACUUAAGCAGUUU